CCUGUCCGCGCGGUCUCGCUGUCACUUCCGGCUGUUUGUCCGGGAAGCGGAUUCGGUCGGAACGGAAAGCGCGGAUCCCGGGAGCCGGCCCACCCACUGCACUGGUUGCCGUUGCCAUGGCCCGGGAUUACGACCAUCUCUUCAAGCUGCUUAUCAUCGGAGACAGCGGUGUUGGGAAGAGUAGUUUACUGCUAAGGUUCGCGGAUAACACUUUUUCAGGCAGCUACAUCACAACAAUUGGAGUUGAUUUUAAAAUCCGAACAGUGGAAAUCAAUGGGGAGAAAGUGAAGCUGCAGAUUUGGGACACUGCCGGGCAGGAGAGAUUUCGGACAAUAACAUCAACAUAUUACAGAGGAACACAUGGUGUUAUUGUUGUUUAUGACGUUACCAGUGCAGAGUCCUUUGUCAAUGUAAAAAGAUGGUUACAUGAAAUAAAUCAGAAUUGUGACGAUGUUUGUCGAAUAUUAGUGGGAAAUAAAAACGAUGAUCCUGAGCGGAAAGUGGUGGAGACUGAAGACGCCCAUAAAUUUGCUGCACAGAUGGAUAUACAACUGUUUGAGACUAGCGCCAAAGAAAAUCUAAAUGUUGAGGAGAUGUUUAAUUGCAUUACUGAGCUAGUUCUUCGAGCAAAGAAAGAAAACUUGGCAAAGCAACAACAGCAGCAACAGAAUGACGUGGUGAAAUUAACCAAAAACAGUAAAAGGAAAAAGCGAUGCUGCUAGGUGCAGGCACAGCACACAAAGGCUGCUCUUAAUCCGAACAUUCGUUCCUGGAAUGAAGAGUAACUGUGCCAUGGGCAGUGCCCAGCUUUCAGGGGUUGGGGCAUUUUCUCAGUUUUGUGCUGUUAAUUUAAGAAUUUCUCAAGGUUUUCUAUUGAGAGGCGCUGACACCUUUUUAUUGCUGUGCCAACAAGGUGUUGUGGAUCCUUGUCAUCCCCUUGUCACCCCUGCUCUUCUGGAGCGUCUGCUAGGAAAGGACAGUUGCAGUGCCUACCCCUUGGACUGAUUAACAAGAGUCUGUACAUACUGUAUAUUGCGUUAACCAGCCUCGCCUCCCUCCUUUCGCUUUGGCUUUCACCUUCCGAUCGCCAAACUGUCGUAUUGCGCAAAUAUAAACUGAUCACAUUUUUAAAGAUUUAGGACAGUUGGCGUCAUUAACCUUGAGCCUGGAGUCUGUCCUGCCUACUAGGGGAAGAAUCACUAGGCCUUGCUGUUAUUUUGCUUCCCUGCUGUUUAGUUUUUUUGUCAAUAUUUAAAACCAUGCUAAAGAAAGCCAACCAUCUAUUACAUUGACCAGAGCAGGACUUGCGACUACAAAGUCACUUUGUUUUUAAUGAAAAGCCGGACGGAUCCUGAACUAUUAGCAGUUGUUUGUUACAAUCUCUAUCUCAAAAAAAUUGUGAAUUUAACAAAUUAUGUGGGUUAAAAAAAAAAAACUCUGCCAAAUUUUUGUACCAUCUUUAUAAAUGGGAUCAAAGUUAAUAAAAAAAAAAAAUGUAAACUUUGGGUCCUGAAUUUAAAACAAAAUAGGCAGUUGUCUCGUGACGUCUGCGUGUGAAGUAGAGGGGUUAGCUUUGCACUGGUUGUGUUCAGAUGGGCAUUAAAGAACCAAUAAACCCAGAACAGAAGUGAUACUUUCCUAGAAAAUCUUUUUACCAUAUUCAGAAAUAUACAUCUUAGUGAGUCUUCCUAGAAAUGGAUACAAUCCAGAAGCUAUGUAUCCAACUUUCUGUAAAUAAUGGAGAGACACAGCAGCUCUAUUGUGGCCUCAUAUAUCUGCUACCUGUAGAGGUCGAGCAACAAACAGUUUUAAGCUUCUUCUACCAGGUAAUACCUCUGGUAGACUGCAAGCUCUAAUUUCAAUGUCCUGAAAGACUGGCCACCGAAGAAUCUUCAUCACCAAACACUCCUGUCAUGUCUGAUUCCUGGUCCCCCCCCCACUGUGUUUCUACUCUCUGACCCACUAUGUCACCAUAGGACCCAUUAGUGAUGUUGGGACCAGCAGGAGGAACCACAGCAGGGGAACAGCAUCAACAUGUCCAAAUGUAUGAUUGAAGUACCUUUUAAGUGCUGUAGCUGUGAAACAAAGCACAUUUUAGAACUCCAUCACUCAACAAAGGAAUUCAUAUCUUUAUUUAAAAGAAUUGACUAGUUCUGGAUUUGUGCAUUCAUCUGUCACGCACCGGUUAUACCUAUAGUAAACGGAUCUUGAAAACCUGUGAGGUUAGAAAUCUAGUAAAUGCCUCUCUGUGAUCAAACAUCCUUGUGUGUGAAAGGGGUCAGGAUUCAUUUCUGGAUGUCAACUGCUGUCAUAUACCCCAACUCGUUAAUAAUGGUCCGGAUCAGCAGCCCAUCUUCGUGAAACCAACUACUGUUUCAGUUGGACCUACAACUGCUGAUUUGUAAGGGUGCAAGCUCUAUAGAUUUUAUACUCCUCCUGGCUUCACUAGUUAAUGAGUCACUAAUCUGAAAUAUGUACCCUUCUGCCACUGCCUUUCAUGGUUAGCGACUCACUUGGUAGUGAAAGCAGGGCGAUAUUUUCUGGAGGCUGCAGCUUUAGAGCCAAUGCAGCAAUGGCAGCUACAUUAUGUCUGUGCUCACAUGUUCCAUUCAAUUUUGUUCUGGAAAUUAUUGGUCUGUGAGCAUAACUUUUAGGCAAAAUGAUUAAAACUAGCAUAAACGGAAUAAAAGACAGAUGUGCGUAGGAAAAGGACUAUCCCCAUAUCGUACCACAUUUCUCUUGGAUUAGCUCUGAUAAAGUGGUAAAUUAUAUUUCUCUGUGAAUGACUGUGUAUUUCAAUGUGUAAAUUAAAAGGCUAGCUGCAUCCAAAACUUGGUGGUGGUUAGUAAGGGACUGGAGAUUGUCCCUUACUAACUAAAGGCUUGGGGCCUUUUCACAUGGCCCUAAGCAAUAUGUCCUAUUGUUUGUCACCACAUUAUUUGUUCUGCAUCAUGCCUGCAGCUGGACAGAACUUGGCAUUCCUUUUAAAUUUACCACUGCAAGGUCUACAAGAAGCCAGAUUUGUAAAUCAAUGCAAAACUGAACAAAAAAAUAAAAACAUUUGGGUGCAGCUGGUCUUUUUUACAGACCCUUGCAGAAAAUGACAUCAAAGGUAAGCACAAGAAGCAUGGAAAAUCAUAGAAAUAUUUUAUUCCAGAAUUUACAAUAAAAAGCAUAGUUUGUAUUAAAAUAUGA